AAAGUUUAGGUCCGUGAUUUGAUUCAACUUCGAAUCUAGUCCGGACACUUCUGCUCUCCUACUCUCGAAAGUUCUCCAACUUUUGCCACCAUUUCUCUAAAACCCUAAACCUCUUCAUUCAAAUCAAUCGAUUCAAUUGCUUUCGUUUUCUCCAGUUUCUUCCGUAAUGUUUUCUCCAGGGACCAAGAAAUCCAACUUCAGUUCUAGAAAGGAUCGAACAGUUCGUGAGCAUCCGCCUCCUGUAGGCAAUGGUUCUCCGGUCACUCCUCCUAUUGAGAACAGAAAUCCGGUGACGGAAAAUACUAUUCCGGAGCGACCGAGUACCGGCACCCCCGCUCCCUGGGCAUCUCGCUUGUCUGUACUUGCUAGAAUCCCAACUGCGAAGAAAAGUGACAAAGUGGAUGAUGUGGACCCCAUUCAACCUGUAUAUGCUGGAGAAGUUCCACAAGUAGUUCGCGAUGAACAAGCUAAAAUGUUGCAGAAACGUGCUUCUGGUGAUACAAACACCUAUGGUGGAAUGGACAAAGGAACCUCUCUAGCAUGGAUCAUAUGUGGAAGCAGGCUUUUCAUCUGGAGCUACCUAUCAUCAGCAGCUUCAAGAAAGUGUAUCACUCUGGAACUUCCUUCAAGCAUUCUAGAAGAUGGAGAUAUCAACAAGAAUUUAACCAGUCCUUGGUUGCUUUGUUUUCUUGAUUGGGAUCACACACAGAAGGUUCACCAACAAAGAACUUCUACUGGUGUUCUUUUAUGCAAUAGGAAAACUCGAUCCCUUAUAUAUUGGCCCAACAUUUAUUCUUCCAUUCCUUCAGUCACUCAUAUCGAUCGAUCAAAGUCAAAUUCCUACAACUCUUUGAUUGCUUCUGCUAUACUCGAGAAGCAAAAUUCCUGCAUUGCCCUUGCGUGUGGCUCUCAGGGUCAACUCUCUAAAUUCAUUUGCACGCCAGCUGGCAUCCAUUGUCAAGAAACCAUAACUGUUGGACAAAUUCCUAGUCCGAAAGGGUAUCCUAGGUCAUUAAUUUGGCAUACACCCUAUCUGAAAGAGUCAAAAAGAAAGUUCCUUUUGUUGACAGAUCAUGAAAUAAGUUGUUUUUCAGUUGAUCUUUUUCAAGAUUUUACCAUGUCAAAGAUGUGGGCCCAUGAAAUAGUAGGAGAUGAUGGUGAUGUUGGUAUACAAAAAGGGUUAGCAGGGCAAAAAAAAAUUUGGCCACUUGACAUGCAAAUAGACAAUAAUGGGAAAGUAAUGACUGUUCUUGUUGCCACUUUUUGUAAAGACAGAGCCACAAGCUCAAGCUACACAGAAUACUCUCUUCUCACAAUGCAAUACAAAUCCGGUUUUGAAAAAGUUUUGGAGAAAAGAUCACCCAUUGAAGUGAUAAUCCCAAAAGCAAGAGUAGAAGAUGAAGACUUUUUAUUCUCCAUGAAGUUAAAAGUUGGUGGCAAACCUUCCGGAUCUUCUGUUAUACUUUCAGGUGAUGGAACUGCAACAGUCACACGAUACUCACGAAACACCAGCCGUCUUUACAAAUUUGAUUUGCCAUAUGAUGCUGGGAAAGUUCUAGAUGCUUCUGUCUUCCCUUCUGACGAUGGUGAAGAUGGUGCUUGGGGUGUUCUCACCGCGACAGCUGGCGUGUGGGCCAUCCCUGAAAAGGCUGUUCUGCUUGGUGGUGUUGAGCCACCUGAAAGAAGCUUAUCGCGUAAAGGAAGCUCUAAAGAAGCUUCUACACAUUUCUCACAUUUUGCUCCUAGAAGGGUGAGUUCCGAAGCACGUGACACCGGAGAUAGACAGCGGGCGGCGGUGUUCGCCGGAGUUACUCACCGGACCGCCCAAGAUGAAGAGUCUGAAGCUCUGUUGACACAGUAUUUUCAUGGUUUUCUUCAAUCUGGUAAAGUUGAAGGUGUAAACGAUACACUUCAAAAGAAAGGAGUGUUUGAAAGAGAUGGAGAGAUAAAUGUUUUUUCUAGGGUUAGCAAAUCAAUCGUUGACACAUUGGCAAAACAUUGGACAACUACUAGAGGGACAGAGAUUGUGGCUUUAGGUGUUGUGUCUACACAGCUUUUGGAUAAACAGAAAAAACAUCAAAAGUUUCUUCAGUUUCUUGCUCUUUCUAAAUGCCAUGAAGGGUUAUCUUCUCAACAGAGGAAAUCAUUACAGAUCAUAAUGGAACAUGGUGAAAAGCUUGCUUCCAUGAUUCAACUCAGGGAGCUUCAGAACAUGAUUAGGAACCAGAGCUCAACCGGAAUCCUGUAUUCCGAUUCCGAUUCCAUCAACGAGCUUUCCGGUUCCAUUUGGGAUCUGAUUCAGUUAGUCGGUGAGAAAUCUCGCCAAAAUACAGUUCUUUUAAUGGAUAGAGACAACGCAGAAGUGUUCUACAGUAAAGUGUCUGAAUUAGAACAAGUAUUCCAUUGUUUGGAAACAAAAUUAAGUCUCAUAAUAAAUGAAGAGAUGCCAUUCCCUUUUCAAAUCCAAAGAGCAUGUGAAUUGUCAACCAUGUGUGUCACAAUACUAACUACAUCAAUGAACUAUAAGGAUGAGAAUCACAUGUGGUACCCCUCACCAGAAGGAUUAACCCCAUGGUAUUGUCAAACUGUUGUAAGAUCCGGGAUGUGGACUCUUGCAUCCUUCAUGCUUCAUUUGUUAAAUGACAUGGGUACCCUUGAUAGAUCUUCAAAGCUGGAGUUCCAUUCUCAUUUUGAAGUGUUUGUUAAAGUUUUACUCGAGGCAUAUUCAGGUGCUGUUACAGCUAAAGUUGAACGUGAAGAAGAACAUGGUGGUUUAUUGGAAGAGUAUUGGAAUAGAAGAGACACACUUCUUGAUUCACUUUAUCAACAAGUCAAAGUUUUAACUCAGGGUUUGGUGAAAGAACAAGAACAAGAACAAAACAGUGAGAUUUCUCAAAAACUUUCGUCUAAUUUACUUGCUAUUGCUAAAAGGCAUGAAGGAUAUCAGACUCUUUGGAAUUUGUGCUUUGAUCAUAAUGAUUUGGAACUACUCAGAUCUCUAAUGCAUGAUAGCAUGGGUCCAAAAGGAGGGUUUAGUAACUUUGUAUUCAAACAAAUGUACAACAACAAACAGUUCUCCAAACUCAUGAGACUUGGUGAAGAGUUUCCAGAAGAAUUAACUAUCUUUUUAAAAGAUCAUCAAGAUCUCCUUUGGCUUCAUGAAAUAUUCCUACAUCAAUUCCCUUCAGCUUCCGAAACCCUUCACGCCCUUUCACUUUCAAAUAUUGACAAUUCCACCCCUGAAGUCAACCAACCAACUUUGACCGACAGAAGGCGUCUCCUUAACCUCUCAAAGAUAGCUUCCAUGGCAGGAAAUGAUUAUGAUUAUGAUUACAACACAAAAUUGAAACGGAUUGAUGCCGAUUUAAGACUCCUGAAAUUGCAGCAAGAAAUACUGAAACUCCUUCCGGAAGAAAAAGACGAAAUCGCCCAUAAGCUUCUCCCAUCGGCGGACCUCAUCCACCUAUGCCUCGGGAUCCAAAACAAGAAGCUCGCGUUAUACCCUUUUGAAGUGUUCGCGUGGAGCAGCGUAUCGUUUCUCAAGGGCAAUACGGGUAUUUUGGAAGAGUGUUGGAAAAAUGCUGCGAAUCAAGACGAUUGGGAGGCUAUAAAUGAAAUGUGUGUGACGAAAGGGUUGAGUGAUGAGGAAAUAAUGGAGGUUUUGAAAGAUACGACGCUUUUUGAGGCGUCGCGAAAGUGUUAUGGAAGUGAGAGGAGUUGUUUUGAAAGUGGAGGAUUUGAAGAUGUGAUGCCUUUAAGACAAGAUGGGGUUGAAGGGGCUUCUGUUGAAGGGAUAUUGAUGCAACAUAGGAGUUUUCCUGAUGCGGAUAAGUUGAUGGUGAUGGCGAUUAUGUUGGGGAGUGUUGUGGGUGAUCAUCAUGAUGAUGGUGGAGUGGGAGAUGCAAUGUGUGAUUGAUUGAUUGAUUUUUUUACUGUUGGGUAAGAUGUAAUUUUGAUUGAUGGCGUUUUUUUUUACUGUUGAAGGUGAAAAAGUGUAACAAACGGUAAAAUGACGUGGCUAAUAGUAACUAUGAAUUUGUUGGGUUAAUGUAGCAAAACGGAGUAGAAUUUUAAAAGUAAAAUUUUUUUUCUUGCAA